AUGAAAAUAAAGAAAACAACUGAUACUGUUUAAUGUAUAUCUUGAAUCUAUAGAAAUAGUUGAGAAUCAAUAUCUUGCAUUUUAAGAAGAUAAAUUGUUAGCCAAAAUGAGAAAAAAAUAAGUAUGACUUAAUUUAUAAUAAAACAGGAACGUGAAUUAGAGUAAUUGAAAUUUUAUGAAUAAUAAAAAACAGAAUAAGAGAAACAUAAAAUUGCAAUUCUUGAACAAACAAAAUCUAAAUAAUAGUAAGUUGAAUAAGCAUUGAAGGACAAGAAAUUAUUGGUAUAAAAUAAUAUCUAAAAUAUUUAGAUAGAAUUGAAAAAGAAAGAAAAAGAAAAAGAAAAGUUGCUUAAAAUUUAAAAAAUAGAGUAAGAUAGAUUGAAAGAAUUAGCAUAAAAUGAUUUAUCCAAAGAUAAAGUCAUUGAGUAACUUAAUGUUAAUAAAAGUAAUUUAGAAACUAUUUAAACAGAUAGAAAUAAGAAAUCUAUUGUUAAAAAGUAUAAUUUUCAUAUAAAAUCUUAGAAUAGCAGAAGGAAUUGUCAAAACAUAAUAGGAAGAAAUAUUAAUUAAAAAAAUACAAUUAGAAAAAAGUUAGAAAGAACAAUAAGAAUAAUGGAGAGAGUUAAAUGAAAAGAAAGAAAUAUUAUUGAAUGAAUUAAAAUAAGCAAAGAAAAAAUAAAUAAAGAAGAUUAAAUAGAAAAAUGAAGAAGAAAAAAAUGCAUAUUAUCAAGAAAAGUUACAAAAAAUUGAAUAAUAUCAUAAGAAAUUAGAUGAAAUUGAAUUAAAUUAAUUAAAUAAAUAAGAAAUAUUAGAAUUAAAGAAAAAAGAAAAGUUAGAAAAAUUAAAAAAAGUUAUGGUAUUGAUAUAUUUAUUAAUCAAUUUAGCAAAACUAUAAAAAAAUUAUGUCAGAAAAAAGUGACAAAGCAUAAUUAAAAGUAUAAUAAAUUGAAGAUAAACUUAAUUAAAUUGAAGAGAGAAUGAAAUUAGCAGAAAAUAAUAUAGAUUAAUUCGAAAAGAAUAAAAAUAAUCAUAGAUUAAAUGUAUUAUAAAUAUACUUAAUUAGAUUAAAUCAAGGAAUGGCAAUAUACUCAAUAAUAAAAAUGAAACAUUUUAAGAAAAAAUUAAAUAAAAGGAUGAAGAACAUUAAAAAUCUAUUAGUGAAGCUUAAUCUUUAUCAAAAAUAAGGUAAGAUUAUGAAAGACAAAAAAAGGAAGAGUAAAUCAAUUAACAUAAAUAAAAGGCUGCUGAAAUGCUUAAAGAAGUUGUAGAUAUGAAAAAUAAAAAAUUAUAAGAGAAAUUAGAAAAAGCACAAUAAUUUAAAGAAGAUAAAGAGAAAUUGUUUUAAUAACAAUAAUAAUUAGCCAAAGAUAUUGAACGUUAAAAAAAAUAAUUAUUACUUAAGAGUCAUAACAAAGCAUUAGAAUGA